CGCGCGUUGGUCGUGCGUCGGACGCGCGUGAAGUGAUGUCUACGAGAUGAGGCUGUCUCUGGUGCUAGUGUGGUUGGGUGCAGCGGCGGCUUGCGGCCCGGGCCGCGGCUUUACACGCCGCCACGGACCGCGCCGCAUCACCCCUCUAGUAUUUAACCAACAUGAUCCGAACAUUAGUGAAAACUCCAAAACAGCCAGCGGGCCCCCUGAGGGUCGCAUCACGAGGGACGAUGAAAAGUUCAAAGACUUAGUGCCUAAUUAUAAUCCCGAUAUCGAGUUUCGGGAUGAGGAAGGCACCGGCGCUGAUCGCUUGAUGACCCAGCGCUGCAAAGAGAAGUUGAAUACAUUAGCCAUCAGCGUGAUGAACCAAUGGCCUGGGGUCCGGUUGCGGGUGAUCGAGGGUUGGGAUGAAGAAAACUCUCAUGUUGACAACUCGCUGCAUUACGAAGGGCGAGCUGUGGACCUCACCACCAGCGAUAGAGACCGAAGCAAGUACGGAAUGCUUGCCCGACUGGCGGUUGAAGCUGGCUUCGACUGGGUCUUUUAUGAGAGCCGCUCCUACAUACACUGCUCUGUUAAAACAGAAUCUUCAGUUGGAACGGGUGCUGGGUGCUUUCCAUCUGGUUCAAUGGUCCAGACGGAAGCUGGUCCAAGAGACAUAGGCACAUUGCAACUAGGAGAGCGAGUAUUGGCUGCUGAUGAUAGCGGCAAAGCGAUUUAUUCAGAGGUUCUUACCUUCAUCGAUCGAGAUCCAAAUGUGACAAGAAGCUUUAUCGAAGUUACCGCGGAAAAUGGUGUCACCAUCACCACAACCCGGUCACAUUUACUCCUAUUAGCCUCAGCUGACGGAUGGAGAGAAGUCUUCGCGGCUGAUGUUGAUAUAGGCGACGUCUUAUUGACAAGAGGGCAAGGUCCUGUUAUGCGACCUUCUAGAGUUAUUAAAACGAGGAUCGUUACUAGAAGAGGUGUUUUUGCGCCACUCACGAAGGCUGGGACAAUCAUAGUUGAUGAUGCAUUAGCGUCAUGUUAUGCGAUAGUCAAUAGUCACACGUUAGCUCACGCUGCCAUGGCUCCUCUUCGAUGGAUGUCGAGUUGGAGUAAGUCUAAUGAAUUAUCGAAAGGCGUACACUGGUACGCAAAUGCUUUAUACAACAUUGGCGAUUUUGUUUUACCAUCAUCAUACAAAUAUCGCUAGCGAAUGCGCGCAGGACGCGCUGUAUAUAACUUGUAUAUACUGCUGUAAAUAUCUGGAUUGUAUUAACUAUCAGAAUAUUUAUUAGACAGACUCCUAAAAGAUUUUUUUUAUCUUUGACGUUUAUAUCACGUAUAGUGAAAUACAUUUACAAUAACGUAUCGCUCAGACGAACGCAUUUGUAAUUACUGUAUUUUAUUGAAGCGUGGAUUUAGUUUAAUUAUUUGUAAAUUGUGUCCGUAUUGUUAUUCUGCAUAAUGCAGAAGUAUGUAUGCGCUUAUGUUAGUUCUUGUAGAUAGCAGUUAGAUUAUUUAUCUUCAAUGUAUAAUAGGUCUUUCUUGACGCAAAACAGUAUUCAUUUUCGUAUGUAACUAGACAUUCCAUUCUAAUCUGACGUACUUACGCGUACGUAAUUCGUUUUGGUACCUUAUGCAGUGCCUUAAGAUUUUAUUUAUUUAAUAUAGGCUAGAUUUAUUUAAAAAUUGACGUAAUCGGAUCCUUACUAAUUUAUUGUUUUGCUUAUGUUUCGUGCCUUUUAUUAGCUUUAUUUAUUCUUCUCUCUACGUAAGCUUUAUUUAUUUGUGUUUGGCAUAAUUUCUAUGUAAUCUACUAGACAGCGUAGAAAAAGGUGGCAGAUAUGUCCACAUAUAUUUUGUAUGGUUUAGUUUAGUGGUGAUAGAAAUCAUGCUCUGAUAAAGUAUUAGGUGUUCCUAUCCAAACUACAAUUAUAUGUAUAGUAAUGUAAUUAGAUGCAUUAGUUUAACGGGGCAAAUAUAUACGAAUGUAAUUUUAAGUAUUAUGUAAUUUAAGUGUGUUUUUAUGUUGUCUGUGACGUAACUAUAUAUUUUUAAUAAUUGACAAUAUACACGAAACUUGAAUUAAAAAUUAUCUUCAACGGUCUUAAGUUGCACAUUUCUUCGUAAUAUGAAAUUAAAACCCUUUUCUACUAAUCUUUUUAAAGAACUGAUCUUUGUUCCUAGCCUUGUUUAGGUAUCUAUUAACAAUUAACCGUGAAAAAUAUAUUCAUAGGACUUGCAACUAUAUACUACAAUAUUUUCGUAUACGUAGAUUUAAACAUAAGGGGCGAUAUAAAUUAAAGCUUUAAGGGUUACACUCAAUGAUUUAAGGCGUGUUUAUUGUUAUACAAAGGGUUUUUAAAACGGAUUAAGCGCCAUCUGUUGUCCUAUACAUUAACCAUAGAUAAAACAACUAACGCAGAAGUGACAAUAAGUAUGCCAUAAUUUGCCAUAUAAGAGUUUAAUGUAUGUAAAAUAUAGCAAAUUUUUAAAACAUUAAAGUAAUUAUAUCUAAAUGUGUAUAUAUCACUAAUUGAUACUCUAUAAAUUUAAUACAUAAUGUAACAAUCUGUAACAUCUAGACAUUAUGAAACAGAUAAGUCACCGUAUUUUGUAAUAACCCUCUAAUUCAUAAAAACUAAAUCAGUCUUAUUCUACACUUAUUCGUCUCUUUCUGUCAAACUGUAUUUACGAUGUGAUGAAAAGAGACAUCUAAAGAGAAAAGCUCCAAUUGCGGGGCAAUUAGACUGUUUUUAUGAACAAGGAGGUACAGAUCCAUAAACCGUUUAUUCGUAUAAAGAUUUAAUGACUAAGUUAUUAUUGUGACAAAACAAUAGUAUCAAAAUUAUCCCGUGUUAAUUUAUCCCAUUUAAAAUGUACCUUUGUAUAUUUAUCAUUACUCCUAUAUUACUAAGUUAUAGCUUAU